UCAUAUAUAUAUAUAUAUAUAUAUAUAUAAAAGGCUGAGUUUGAAAACCAAAGCUGAAAACUUUGAUAAAAGGGUUACAACAAAAUCGAAAAGAUAAUCAACAGGGACCCAUUUCAUACCUUUUUUUUGUUCUUCCAUCUCUCUUUACCUCUAUUCUUUUCUUGUUUUCCAUCACUUAACUGAGAGAAUUUGAUCCUUUCUAUUUGUCUUUCUUUUCUUUUGGUUCAUGUUAUAGUUGUUUAUGAUGAAUAACGCUUAUUUCAAGAUGGGUGGUUUUUGUUUUUGUUUGUGGUUACUGAUCCAUAAUUGAACAGCGAAAAGGCCAAGGAAAAGUGGAAGGGUUGGAUAUGAUCAUGAAGAAGAGGAAGAUAUUGAUAUGGGAAUAGCAACACCACCACUCGUCCCAUCAAUUCUAUCUCAACACUCCAAGACUCACCAUCAAAUUCCAAUUCAAUACAAGAGCAAUAAUUCUACAAAUUCUAUGUCCCAAGAUUACCGCCAAUCAGCUGGCAUCUUCAGUUUCUCGAAUGGCUUCGAGAGAUCAGUCAUAAGCCACGAAGAACAGCAACAACAACAACAACACCACUUAGCACAGCAGAUCCGGAGAGAUAAACUAAUAGUUCAAGGCUUUGAGCCACCACCUCCACCAUUAGUAGGGAUCGAAGAGGAAGAAUCAAAUGCUCUUCCUGUUUAUGAAACAGCAGUUAUGUUAUCAGAAAUGUUCAAUUUUCCUUCAGGUGUGGCUGCUGCUGCCACCGCCUCUACCGAGUUAUUAGACCAGCAUCUACAGCCCAAUUAUCGAGCACACAGGCCAGCAGGUAAUACCACCGAUUGGUAUAGCGAUAGGCAAGGUGUUGUUGGGGGUUUGGGACAGUUAGGUGAAUCAAAGAGUCACAAUAACCGUGACAGUUUAGCUCAACAGCAUCACCAGCAGUUACCAAGCAUUAAUGCCGACUCAGCAGCUGCCAUGCACCUUUUCUUGAUGAACCCGCAGCCAAGAUCACCAUCUCCUCCUCCCCCAACAACUUCUUCUAAUACUCUUCACAUGUUGCUUCCAAACCCUGCUACUUCUCUUCAAGGGUUUAAUGUAUCAGGUCCUGGAGGGGCUUUCGGUACAAGUACUGUGCUAUCUCCACCUCAAUUUACUUGGGUUCCUAAUAGUGCUCAUGAAGGAGAUAACACUGCUUCACAACUCAACAACCCAAGUGAAAUUGGAAGUGUUGUAGAAGGCCAAGGCCUUUCACUAUCUUUAUCAUCUUCUUUGCAACACUUGGAAGCUGCCAAAGCUGAAGAAUUGAGGAUGGGAGAUGGCGGGUUACUGUAUUAUAAUCAAGGAGGGGGUUCUUCUGCUGCUGCUCAAUUUCAGUACAAGAAUUUGGGUAGUCAUCAUCAGACACUGCAUUUGCAAGGUGGAGUGGCACAAAACCAUCAGGUUCAUGUUGGGUACGGAUCCUCAUUAGGAAUGGUCAAUGUGUUGAGAAAUUCAAAGUAUGCCAAAGCUGCUCAAGAAUUGUUAGAAGAAUUCUGUAGUGUUGGAAGAGGCCAUUUCAAGAAGAACAAGUUUGGUAGAAACAACACAAACCCUAGUUCUAAUCCAGGUAGUAAUGGCGGUAGAGGAGGUGAUUCUUCUUCAUCAACAAAGGAUCUCCCUCCUUUAUUAGCAGCUGAUAGAAUUGAACAUCAAAGAAGGAAGGUCAAACUUUUAUCCAUGCUUGAUGAGGUGGACAGGAGAUACAACCAUUACUGUGAACAAAUGCAAAUGGUAGUGAACUCAUUUGAUCUGGUGAUGGGAUUUGGGGCUGCUGUGCCUUACACCGCCCUUGCUCAGAAGGCAAUGUCAAGGCAUUUUAGGUGUUUGAAGGAUGCCGUAUCAGCACAAUUGAAGCACAGCAGUGAGCUUCUAGGUGAGAAAGAUGGAACUGGAAGCUCAGGCAUAACCAAAGGAGAGACACCAAGGCUAAGGAUGCUAGAGCAAAGCUUAAGACAUCAAAGAGCGUUCCAUCAGAUGGGUAUGAUGGAACAGGAAGCUUGGAGACCCCAAAGGGGCCUGCCUGAACGAUCUGUCAACAUUUUGAGGGCCUGGCUUUUCGAACAUUUUCUCAACCCGUACCCAAGCGAUGCAGAUAAGCAUCUUUUAGCUCGACAGACUGGUUUAUCGAGAAACCAGGUUUCAAAUUGGUUCAUAAAUGCCAGGGUUCGGUUGUGGAAACCCAUGGUGGAAGAGAUGUACCAACAAGAAACUAAAGAAGAGGAGGGAGAUAAUAAAGAGAGAGAAAGGAACCCAAACAACAGUAAUAACAACAGCAACAAUGCACAAACAUCAACGCCUUCAACAACGGGAGCAGCAGCAGGGACACCAACAACAACAACAACCUCACCAGGAGGCAAAAGAUCCGAAAUCAAUGCCAAAGAAAACGACCCUUCACUCAUUGCAAUCAAUAGACAAUGCUUCUCGGAAAACCAAGCAAAACAAUCCACCCCCACCCCCACCACCGCUAUUAUUACUAGCCCUCCCACCACCAACACCACUGCCACUGAGGUGGCACCACCCAUUUCACAGCCUUUCACCACCACCCAUGACUCCGAUAUCCACCACAGGAUACCUGGCGUCGAUGACACAUGUCAUCGUGGCAGCAUUGUUGCAGCGGAUUACGGGACCACGCCUGGUAACACCGACAUUGGUUCUACUCUCAUUAGAUUCGGGACCACGGCUGGUGAUGUUUCACUCACUCUAGGGCUACGCCAUGCUGGAAACAUGCCCGAGAAAAGUUCUUUCACAGUUAGAGACUUUGGGGGCUGUUAAUUUCAAAUACAUAUAUAUUCCAUAUAAUUCUCUUAAAAUAGAAAACAAGAAACAAAAAAUUCAUAACGAUAAACGUAGUAGAUUGUUUUACUUCUAUAUGUACUCUAAGGUUUUGUACCUUUAUAUUUUCUAGAAUAACAUGAAAUAUUCAUGUUUUUUAGGAUAGAGAGAGAGAGAGAGAGAGAGAGAGAGAGAUAUGAUUAGAAUUGCUCCUUUUCUAGGUAAUGGAGGAUGAUAGAUCAACAUAUAUUUUCUUCUAUGUUGUUAUUUCUGCAAUAUAUACGUAUAUAUGUAUCUGUAUAAGUAAUAUAUAUAUAUAUAUAUAUAUAUACACGCACACGUACAGAAACAUGCACAUCUUUUCGGAUUGUAUACUUUUGAGAAGUGAUAGCAACCAAUCUAUGAUGGAAAUAAUUGGCCAUAUACGAUCACAUGGUGGAAAACUGUGGA